AUGAUGUUAUCACUUUAUUUCGUGGCCCUUCUGAGCGUCCUGGGACUUGCCAUUGGCUCCCCAGUCGCUGAUAAAAGAGCACGGAAACUGGAGUUUAUGGGAGUCAAUCUGGCUGGCCCCGAGUUCGGUGCAGCGAAUUCUGGUCUAUACAACAGAGACUACAUCUGGCCGGACCUAUCCACACUCCAGGAGUUCGUCAAUCAAGGCUUCAACAUAUUUCGGAUCAACAUCAUGAUGGAGAGGCUCACUCCCGGCUCGCUAACGGCCAGCUUUGACAACUACUACUUGAGCAAUCUGACGCAGACUGUCAAUGCCAUCACGGCGACGGGAGCAUAUGCCAUGAUCAAUCCGCACAAUUAUGGACGCUUCAAUGGCCAGACCAUCAGCUCGCCAUCCGACUUUGGAACGUGGUGGAAGAAUGUUGCUGCCCAGUACAAGAACAAUGACAAGGUGAUCUUCGACACUAAUAACGAAUUCUGGGGCAUGAGCGGACGGGUUGUGGCCGACCUGAACCAGGCCGCGAUCAAUGGCAUCCGAGCCGCUGGAGCGACCUCUCAGACCAUCAAUGUCGAAGGUAACGCAUGGACUGGUGCUUGGAGCUGGACUACAUUCCCUGGCACAGACGGUUUGACCAAUGCCGACAGCAUGGGCAACCUGACGGACCCCCAAAACAAGAUCGUCUAUCAGAUGCAUCAGUACCUAGACACGGACGGCAGCGGCACUUCGCCAAACUGUGUCAACAGCACCAUUGGCAGCACAAGGCUUGUGGUAGCGACCAACUGGCUACGGUCCAAUGAUAAGAAGGCAAUGCUUGGAGAGUUUGCUGGCGGUGUCAACAACGUCUGCCAGACCGCCGUAGCGGACAUGCUGGCGUACAUGGCCAAGAACUCGGACGUCUGGACGGGUGCAAUCUGGUGGUCUGCUGGACCGUGGUGGGGAGACUACAUGUAUUCUCUUGAGCCGAAAACUGGCGUGGCAUACAACGCCUACAUGCCAAUCCUGAAAGCUGCUGCAUAG